AUGGGUAUUUUCCUUUGUACCGCCGGCCUUAGUUUUGAUCGGUUCGUAGGUUUCCUUAAACUGUUUCAUAAAAUCGUCAUUAAACUCUAUUUUACCAUUAGCUUCCUUAAUCUGCCCAGCCGCCUCUGUGAUAGCCUUCUUGGCCGCAGCCUUGAUCUGUGCUUGAGCUUUCUCGUCGAACUCUUUAACGGCGUCGGGAAGUUUCUUGACCUCAAUCUCAAGUUGGUUUAUUACAUUGCUUUUAAACUUAUUCGUAAUGUUGGUAUUCACCUCAUCCCUCACUGCCUCCAACCUCUUGUCCACGGCUUGGGCGGGGCUUACAUUUGGGUCGGUGCCUUGGUUGGUAGCAGUCGCCGCGGUGAGCUGACCGUGAAGCUUGUUUGUCGCUGCAACAGCUUGAUCCAACGCCUUUGCGAUGUUCAUAUUACUGCCCUUGCCGCCCAUCCUGUAGUCGGCGAGCAUAAGGGAAUCAACCUCCUUGCCCACCUGCCGGGACACAGCGGUGAGUGCGCACAUGAUCAAUUCGGCGGCAGCUUUCUUGGCACACCCUUCUCCACCAUAGUAGUUGCAAUUAUAGCAGUCGCAGAUGCAUUUGGGGUCUUGGACGCCGCUUUUCUUCAGCCCCUCCACACCCUUAACCUCAGAGACUAUUCCAUUUCCCGAGUUCUUGAGCUUCUCAUCCAGAGCGUCAGCGAACGUCUCGCAGGCUGUUUUGACAGCUUUAAUUUUUUCUUGAAUGCCGGCGGUGGAUUGUUGACCUUUGAACACGUCAACGCCUUUCUGAAUUUCUGUGCUAAGAUUCUGCGUGUCCCUAAUUUUCUCCGUCAGACUAUGGUUCACAUUAAACGCAGUCGGCAGAAAAUCGCCUCUCUUCUCAUCCCACCCUAG